AGAAAGCUGAUAUCCCGAAAGAGUAAAUUUGGGGCAAUAGGCUCUAAUGCUCAAGGUACCUGGUGUAACCCUCACAUUACAACUAGGCCGAAAAGGUUACGGGAUACGUGCCAUUCCUUCCAGUCACUUGAGAUACAGGUGUAAAGACAUCAGAUUAUGCUCAUUUGGCGAUGUCUGUGGAUGUCAAAUAAAAUAUCUAUUGUGGUCUGGCCAAAACGCGAGCGGGAACCAAAACUCCAUUUGCGAUAUGAUCACGAAGGAAGGUUGGAGCUCUCUGGGAAUAUGGUUUCCUUUACUUUAAAGUCAUUAAUGGAACUCCAGCGAGUGUAUAAGUCUCAAUUUGCACGCCAUAAAAGGGCAAAUUAACCGUUAUAAUCACCAAUUCAAUCCCAAAAUAUCAUGGAUCAGCCCAGCACAUUUUUGUCAAAGCCCAGAUCGUACCCCAGGUUCAUAUCUUAUCGCCGAAAGUCGUGUGCGACAGUCCUUAUCGCUGUCGGCUGCCCGUUAGAGGAUAGCGAAUUUUA